UGGCAUGACAUUUCUGAAAUACAAUUGUCAAAAUUGCUACCAAGUGAAAGCUGUGCUACUUUGUCGUGAUUUACUUCAACGUUGUGCUAAGUUGUUUAACAAUUGUAUUAUUUUGUAAUAAAUAACAAUUAUAAUGUCACAUAAUUUACUUGCCGUAUUCCUUGUUUGCCUGUGCACUGGUUCCGCUUUGGCCACCACCUGCACAAGCCCCAAAGUGAGUGUAACAUCCUUCAGCACUCAGGAUGCUACAAUCCUUACACAAGUGGCGCAUGUUGGUGAAUUCUCAUUAAGUUGUGGAAACAAUGUUCAACCCAACUUGUUUGCCGAAUUUCCCUGCGGAAAAAUUGUACCAGUUGCAAAGAUUGGCGAUGGCAAAUACCAAGUAAGCUGGACACAGGAAAUCAAGAAAAGCGGCGGUGGUAAUGUAGCUGUACGUUUAUUCGAUGAGGAAGGUUUUGCCAACGUACGCAAAGCGCAACGCGAUGGCGACAAAGUGGCUAAUGUGAAAUCGCUUGUUGAUAUUACUGUAGCUACAAAGAGUGCUUACAAAGGUCCAUGGGUGCAGGCUGAGCUGGUAGCCGCUUUGGCUGUUGGUGGUAUUGCUUACUUUGCCUUCACCGCUAAGAGCAAGGUGCAAGGUUAGAUUUAAUGCUGCUUCGAAAUGGGCGAUUCAAUCUCGCUUAGUGAGAUUUGUAGACUUUGAAUGAAAUUCAUUCAACUUUUUGUGUCAAACUUUCCAACUAGAGAUUAAAUGUGGAUUACUUUUUAUACCAAUGAAAAAAUCUCUACAUAUUUUCAUACAUGCUGUAAAAUUCUAGCAAACAUUAAUCGAUAUCUAUAAAUAAGUAUGAAAAUAAACGAAAAGUAAAUUAA